AUGGACAGAACUGUUCAACGACCUCAAUGUCCCAUUUGCUUACAGUGGAUUAAACUAAGUGAAGCUUCCGCACUCAAUUGUGGCCAUCUGUUUCACUUUCCCUGUAUAAUGAACUGGGUUACGUCUUGGAGUAACUGUCCUGUAUGCCGGAAAGAAAUAGUAAAUGAAGAUCAAGUUAUUCGGCAGUUGUUCUUUCAAGUGGACGACACCAGUUACAGUGAUCACGAUUAUCAAAUCUAUUCUUUAUGGACUAAGGUUCGCUUAUACUAUAUCGGUAGUACGAAACAUGCUCCUCAAAUAGUUAAUGCUGGCAUGAUAUUACCUUUAAUUAUGAUUGAGGAUAUUUCGGAAGAACUCAAAAUAUCUUGCGAUACGAAUGCGACUUUGAGGGCCGAUGAUAAAAAGCAUUGUGUUCGUUAUAAUCAACUUAAGAGUGAACUACAAGAAGAGAGGGAAACUAGUACUUUGCUGAAAAAAACUGUCCAAGAUUUGGAAACCAAGGUUGAGCACACGAACAAGGAAUUGAAGCUGUGCAAAAAGGGACUGCAAGCUUCGGAAUUUUACCAGAUACUUAGCAGUCAGAAUGAAAAUCCCCUUCCUGAAAUGGACAAAUACGUUGGCGAACAUGGAAUAGAAGUGUCGGAAUUCAUCAGUCUACUUAGAGCACAACUGAGUUGUGCCAGAAAUACGAUAGCUGAUCAGAAAAAAGAGAUGGAAGAAAUGAAAAAAAGUAAGGAUGCGUUACAAGAAAAGUUAGAUGCAAUUACGGAAAGUGCGACUGUUGUCAAGGAAGAAGCAGAUCCAGUUUCUCUAAUGCCUUCAGAAGAAAUCUUGCGUGCAAUGAUUGAACGAGUGAUAGCACAUAGUGCAAAAGAUGAUUUAUUAUUUCGCCGUGAUGAUAGCUGUUUCGCAGUCUCGGAUUGGACUUUUGAAAAUGAUGGAAAAACAGUACAAUCUUGUGGGACUGGGCAGCGAACUGCUCAAGUUCGAAAAGAAACCAGUGCAAUGGGGCAGGGAAAUUCACGGGAACCCCCUGAUUUCAAUAGUGUCCACGAAGUUAUUCAACCCAAGCUUGGUUCGAGACUACAUAUCACUUACUGUGAGCUGUCAAAUGCACACGAUGGUCGCUCAGAAAAUGAGAGAGAGUGGGAUUUGGGACUACCAGUAGGAAGACAAUUCCCAAGCGCAGCUUACAAAAAUUUAUAUCAAUUAAUGCUUUAA